CACAGUAAGAGAUUAUAGCAAAGCAUCUAUAAUCAACUCAGCUUAAGAAGUUUUGACCUUCUGGUAAGGCUUCUUGCCACAACAGAACAGCACCAUAACCAUGGCCUUCUUCUCCCGACUGGAUCUCCAGGAGGGCCUCCAAACCUUCUUUGUUUUGCAAUGGAUCCCAGUCUAUAUAUUUUUAGGAGCUAUUCCCAUUCUCCUUAUACCCUACUUUCUGCUAUUCAGUAAGUUCUGGCCCUUGGCUGUGCUCUCCUUAGCCUGGCUCACCUAUGAUUGGAACACCCACAGUCAAGGUGGCAGGCGUUCAGCUUGGGUACGAAACUGGACCCUAUGGAAGUAUUUCCGAAAUUACUUCCCAGUAAAGCUGGUGAAGACUCAUGAUCUUUCUCCCAAACACAACUACAUCAUUGCCAAUCACCCCCAUGGCAUUCUCUCUUUUGGUGUUUUCAUCAACUUUGCCACUGAGGCCACUGGCAUUGCUCGGAUUUUCCCAUCCAUCACUCCCUUUGUAGGGACCUUAGAAAGGAUAUUUUGGAUCCCAAUUGUGCGAGAAUAUGUGAUGUCAAUGGGUGUGUGCCCUGUGAGUAGCUCAGCCUUGAAGUACUUGCUGACCCAGAAAGGCUCAGGCAAUGCCGUGGUUAUUGUGGUGGGUGGAGCUGCUGAAGCUCUCUUGUGCCGACCAGGAGCCUCCACUCUCUUCCUCAAGCAGCGUAAAGGUUUUGUGAAGAUGGCACUGCAAACAGGGGCAUACCUUGUCCCUUCAUAUUCCUUUGGUGAGAACGAAGUUUUCAAUCAGGAGACCUUCCCUGAGGGCACGUGGUUAAGGUUGUUCCAAAAAACCUUCCAGGACACAUUCAAAAAAAUCCUGGGACUAAAUUUCUGUACCUUCCAUGGCCGGGGCUUCACUCGCGGAUCCUGGGGCUUCUUGCCUUUCAAUCGGCCCAUUACCACUGUUGUUGGGGAACCCCUUCCAAUUCCCAGGAUUAAGAGGCCAAACCAGAAGACAGUAGACAAGUAUCACGCACUCUACAUCAGUGCCCUGCGCAAGCUCUUUGACCAACACAAAGUUGAAUAUGGCCUCCCUGAGACCCAAGAGCUGACAAUUAUAUAACAGGAGCCACAUUCCCCAUUGAUCAACCCCCAAAGCCAUGAGGGAUCCAAGUAGAGCCACAGAAAAAGAAGAAUUCCAGGAGAGGGAAAGAUCAUAAGGAUGAGAGAGGAGACCAUCCAAGCCAGAAAUUAUUUAAUAAAUCAGAGUUCUAGCAAUAGAGUCCUCUCCCAAGUGGCUGAGGCAGGCUUAGGGGAAAGAACCAGAGGGGCAGGGGAGGACUGGGGAGGGCUGGCUAGCCAGAGGAGUUGGCUGUAUCACCCCUGGUUAUUUUAGGGCAACAACCCAGUUGGGGAGUCUUAUGAAUCAUUCCAGCCAACUCUCUGAUCACAAAGAAUACUGUGCCCCUUUCUCCUAAACCUUAGUUCACCAUCACUACGUAGGUUUAGACUUAGAAGCUUUAUUUGGAACAGGGAUAGUUUGUUUCCUCUUGGUCCUUUCCUUACAACUUGGGAACUGCCACAAGGUAAACCAGGGACCUGAACUGCAGCUGCCUGGUCCAAGCAGACAGGAUUCCGUCAGUUGUGAUAGAGUUCUAGAUUGGCAAUGCAGUUACAUUGUUUCUUCUUUGAAAAUAAAGUUCUAGACAUAUAAAACAGGA